AUGGCCAUUGGCGACAGACUGGCUAUCAUCCGGCAAUAUACCAAGACUACGAGCAAGGAGCAGUUUGAUCGUCUUAUCCCGCACGGUCUUCCAGCAUUUGAAUCUGACUUGUUGAUUCAAGUUCAUGUGCUUGCUCGCCCAUUUGCACAGUUCCUUGCUUCCUACAUUUGGCCCAAAACACUAUCCGCUGUGGCCGCAUACCGGGACAUGCUGUUCAUGGGCUAUGGAAAGGAGAUAUGCCCAGAUGCAGCUAGUCGCAAAAUGGGACAACUCAGCCUCACAAUGUUUGGCUGGUCAAUGACUAUCAGUGACUGGCGACACAUUAAUAUUGGUUGGAAAUGUCACCUAAUAUUAUGUUCCAAAAAACAUGGCCAUGUUAAUGGAGUACCCGUAGUACCCAUAGUACCCAUAGUACCUGGAGUACCUGUUAGACUCUACGGAACUGCGGAGUCUGCGGAGUCGAAGGGACCUUGGCCUAAUAAUAUACUUCCCGUAACAUGGCCGUGUUACAAACCCGCCGUCGUCGCAAGAACGGCCCUCUUUCCAAACGACAUCUCGAAUAGAAUGACGCCCGUCGUCGCAACAAACGCCCUUUCCAACGUCGACCCCUCGUUGAUCGUCGGUUCAUCGUCGCUCAUCGUCAGUCCAUCCUCGCUCAUACUCACUCCAUCGUCGCACCAUCGUCAGUCUAUUGUCACCCAUCGUCAGUCUAUCGUCGUCCAUCGUCGCACCGGUCGCUCUAUCGUCGCCCACCAUCAGUCCAUCGUCAGGCCACCGUCUCUCCUCGUCAGUCCGUCGUCACCUAUCGUCGCACCAUCGUUGCCGUCGUCAGUCCAUCGUCGGUCCAUUGUCGCCGAUCGUCAGUCAUUGUCCGCCAUCGUCGCUCAAACAGCCCUCAUUCUAAACGACAUCUCGAAUGGUAUCUCCCUCAAAUGCAUCAGUCCCUUGUCAUUGUCAUCAGUCCAUCGUCGCACCCUAAUAUUAUGUUCCGAAAAACAUGGCCAUGUUUACGGACGACGUCGUCCGUCGUCCGCCGUGGGAAAAUGA